AGGAGGAAGAGUAUUCCAGGGAGAGGGAACAGGUGCAGAAGCCCCAAAGCAAAAACCACUUUGGGAUGUUUGAGGAAUCCAAGGGAGGCCCAUGGGGGCUGGAACAUCAGAGGCAAGGGGGAGAGGGGCAAGGAACAAAGUCCCGAGGUAGGAGAAGGAGCAAAAGCCUGAUACUGCAGGGCUGCUGGUGAGAUAGUAUUUUGAGGGCCACAGGCAGCCAUAGUCACCCUCAUGAGAGGGAGUAAUGUCUCGUGUACACUUUUAAAGGACUCCAGCUGCUCCGGAGGAUCAGGAGUGGAAAUGAGUCCAGUAAAAGGGCUCAGUACUGACCUCACGCGAGGUGAUGGCAGCCUGGACUAGGAUGCAGAGAAGUUGUGGGCCCUGCGCAGUAUUUGAGGGGUCCUGCCAACAGGUGGAGCUGGGUGCGAGAAAUACUGGAAAGAGGAAGCCAAGCCCCAGGCGGGGGGCCGGGAUAGAGGAACUGCUGGAAGAGCUGGUGGGGGCGGGGCGACUUGACGUCCGUCCGAGAAAAAACCCUAGGCCACGGGAGUUGGCACUCGGGAGACCUGUAAGCCGCAGCCGGUUGUGAGGGAGAAAAUUCCGGGAAUCCGAAUAGAGUUGCUGCCCGCAGCCCUGCAGGCGAGGCCCACCUGGCGGUGCAACCCCUGAGCGGGCGGGGGGAGGAGCACUGCGCAGGCGCCGAGCUAGCCGUUUCCAUGGCGGCGAGAACACGCGUCUCAACCGCUGCACAACGGACGUGCCGGACACCGUUGUGCUCCAGUGUGUCGGCACCCCCGCCUCGGCGCCCGCUGCUGCCGGGAGUCAACCGAACCCCGCCUUCUCGCUCUCUGUCCCCGGCCCCGACAUGGGCGAUCUGGAGCUGCUGCUGCCCGGGGAAGCUGAAGUGCUGGUGCGGGAACUGUGCAGCUUCUCGCUGCGCGAGAUGGGCUCCGGAAGGUGGAACCAGCAGCAUGAGAACCUGGAGAAACUGAACAUGCAGGCCAUCCUUGAUGCCACAGCCAGCCAGGGUGAGCCCAUCCAGGAGCUGCUGGUAACCCAUAGAAAGAUCCCAACGCUGGUGGAGGAGCUGAUCGCAGUGGAGAUGUGGAAGCAGAAGGUGUUCCCUGUGCUGUGCAGGCUAGAGGACUUCAAGCCCCAGAACACUUUUCCUAUAUAUAUGGUGGUACACCACGAGGCCUCCAUCAUCAACCUCCUAGAGACAGUGUUCUUCCACAAGGAGGUGUGUGAGUCAGCAGAGGACACGGUCUUGGACCUGGUGGACUACUGCCACCGCAAACUGACAAUAUUGGUGGCCCGCAGUGGCCACAGUGGUUCCCCCGAGGAGGAGGAGUUGCAGUACAGCACCCCCAUGAAGGAGCUGCAGAAGCAGGCAGAGCUGAUGGAAUUUGAGAUCGCGCUGAAGGCACUCUCAGUGCUGCGCUACAUCACAGACUGCGUGGACAGCCUUUCCCUGAGCACCCUGAGCCGCAUGCUCAGCACCCACAACCUUCCCUGCCUCCUGGUGGAACUGCUGGAGCACAGUCCCUGGAGCCGGCGGGAAGGAGGCAAGCUGCAGCAAUUUGAGGGUGGCCGUUGGCAGACAGUGGCCCCCUCAGAGCAGCAAAAGCUGAGCAAGUUGGACGGACAGGUGUGGAUCGCCCUAUACAACCUGCUGCUGAGCCCUGAGGCCCGGGCCCGCUACUGCCUCACAAGCUUUGCCAAGGGACAGCUACUCAAGCUUCGAGCCUUCCUCACAGACACACUGCUCGACCAGCUGCCCAACCUGGCAGACCUACAGGGUUUCCUGGCCCGCCUGGCCCUGACCGAACCCCACCCCCCUAAGAAGGACCUGGUGUUGGAACAGAUCCCAGAAAUCUGGGAACGGCUAGAGCGAGAGAACAGAGGCAAGUGGCAGGCGAUUGCCAAGCAUCAGCUGCAGCAUGUAUUCAGCCCCUCGGAGCAGGACCUGCGGCUGCAGGCGCGAAGGUGGGCUGAGACCUACAAGCUAGAUGUGCUAGAGGCAGUGGCUCCAGAGCGGCCCCGCUGUGCCCACUGCAGCGCAGAGGCCUCCAAGCGCUGCUCACGAUGCCAGAAUGAGUGGUAUUGCUGCAGGGAGUGCCAAGUCAAGCACUGGGUGAAGCAUGGAAAGACUUGCGUCCUGGCAGCCCAGGGUGACAGAGCAAAGUGAAAGCGGCCGCGCCUGAGGGCUGAUUACCCAUGCCAUACAACCCAGUCAGAGUGUGCCCCUGAACCUCAAGAUCUCAGCCUGGCCUCUGCAAGAGCCGCAGCCACCCACCCAGAUGGUGAGCUUAGCAGACGGGUGGAGCUGCUGCCCCAUCUCCGCCGGCAAAGCGCUCUCGCUUCCUGCCCCACCCUGUGGAUGGGCUUAGGGCGCUGGCUGCCUCAGUUGGGGCAGGAGUCAACGGCAAGGGCGAGGGUGACGAGGGUGACGGCCGGAUGUGGGGACCCUCUUCCUCUUGCACAGUAAAGCUGGUCUCCAGAACA